UCCGAGUGUUUUUUCUUUACUUGUCGCCCGGCCUAGCUGAGCAAAUUACGCAGUUUUCUCUCCUCGCUUGGUCGCGGGCGAGAAGCGGAUAUUGACGGCCAUAUUUGACAUUCGAUUCUGAACUCUGAUAUUUACCUUCUUAAUUCUUACGGACUGCCUGUGCGUGAAACAAUCGAAGGGCGUCAUUAAACUACCACAGCAAGAUUAAAUACGACGUAUGCGUUCCUGAUAUCCACUGAAGAUGUUCAACAAGUCGUUUGGCGCUCCGUUUGGGGGCGGAACCGGAGGAUUUGGGACGACGUCCACGUUCGGCCAGCAAAGUACAGGGUUUGGUACAACAGGUGGUUUUGGAACAUCUGCGUUUGGUGCAACCAAUAACACCGGAGGACUUUUUGGAGCCACGCAAAACAAGCCAGUUGGGACUGCAAAUCCUCAGCCUGUCUACACUGGGGCUGGUAGAGGAGGUGGGCUCUUCGGUUCCAGUACAUUCAGCCAGCCGGUGACGUCCUCCACCAGCACCGGAUUUGGGUUCGGUGCCGCCAGUGGCACUUCCAACAGCCUGUUUGGCAGUACGAAUACUGGAGGAGGUGGCCUGUUCUCGCAGCAGAGCAAUGCUUUUGGAACCAACAAGCCAGCGUCUUUUGGCACAUUUGGCACCAGCAGCAGCAGUGGGGGGCUUUUUGGGACGACCAACACAACCUCCAACCCCUUCGGAGGCACAUCGGGGUCCCUCUUUGGGUCCUCAGGAUUCACUGCGACACAGCAGCCAGGGACAACCGUCAAGUUCAAUCCCCCAACAGGAAGCGACACCAUGGUGAAAGGUGGGGUGACAACCAGCAUCAACACCAAGCAUCAGUGCAUCACGGCCAUGAAGGAAUAUGAGAACAAAUCCUUAGAGGAACUAAGGCUGGAAGACUACCAGGCUGGCCGUAAGGGCCCCUCUAACCCUAUGGCAGCUGGCACAGGCAUGCUCUUCGGCACGGGUGCCACGGCUACUCCCAGUACCGCUGCUGGCCUCUUUGGUUCUAGCACCAACACUGGCUUCAGCUUCGGGCCCAAUAAAUCCACCUUUGGAACCAGCACCGGUGGUUUCGGUACGGCCACAGGGAGCCUCUUUAGCCAACCGCAGCAGCAGCCCCAGCAGACCACUAGUCUGUUCAGCAAGCCUUUCGGCCAGCCUGCCACCACCCAGAACACGGGCUUCUCCUUCGGCAACAUGACCAUGGGGCAGCCGAACACCAGCGGCAUCGGUUUGUUUGGCAACACGGCAGCGUCCCAAGCAGGGGGGCUGUUUAAUAACACGGCAAACACCAGCACAGCCCAAGGCUUUGGGACUGGUGCAGGACUCUUUGCACAACCCCCCAAUGCUUUUGGGAGUGUUGGUACCCAGAAUUUGUUUGGCAGCAAAACCCCAGGAUUCGGUACAACCACAACUAGUGCACCGACCUUUGGUUCUGGCUCUAGCUUGUUUGGGAACAAACCAACACUCACCCUCACCAACAACAACGCAUCCACUUUUGGUUUUGGCGCAAAUAAUCCUGGGGGAGGGCUUUUCGGCAACAAAACUGGAACCACGGGGCUAGGAGCUGGGCUGGGGGCUGGGUUUGGAACGGUUGGCACGGGCCAGACCUCCCUGUUUGGGGCUACACAGAACAAGCUGGGCUCCACUCUAGGUGGUGUGGGUGCUUUCGGGACCACCAGCUUCAACAGCAGCACCAGCGGCCUGGGCUUUGGCACCCCGCAGCAGCCUGUUGCUCUGACGGAUCCCAGUGCUGCGGCGGCCCAGCAGGCUGUGCUCCAGCAGCAGAUCAACGCCCUGGCCUACUCCCCUUUCGGUGACUCGCCACUCUUCAGAAACCCCCUGUCUGACCCGAAGAAAAAGGAAGAGCGCCUCAAGCCAACCAAUCCAGCAGCACAGAAGGCCCUGACCACACCCACCCACUACAAACUGACCCCACGCCCCGCCACACGCGUCCGGCCCAAGGCCCUCGGCUCCUCCGGCUCCUCCAAAUCCCAGCUCUUUGACGGCUUGGACGACGAUGAGCCUUCCCUCAACAAUGGCUCCUUCAUGCCUAGGAAGAGUAUCAAAAAGCUGGUGUUGAAGAACCUGAAUGGGAGCAGCCUCUAUUCCCCCAGUAACAGAGAGGCUGAGGACCUGGCCUCCCCUGCAGACUACCCUGAAAAUGGACUUGGCCGCAGUAUUGAGGAGGAGGCCCGUGUUUAUGAGGAAGAAAGACCGGAGGAGGACCUAGAGGAGGUGACCAAGUUCUACACAAACCCAAUCGCCAAGCCAGUGCCGCACACUCUGGAGGGCAAGCCAAACCCAUCGCUUCAGGACACCAUCGCGGAGCUGAACGUGCGCUCCACGCGCAGCAACGGCCUGGGUGCCAGCAGCGAGGAUAUCUCUCUGGGCGAUGACUCCGUGCUGGAGGAGCGUGACGAGGCGGGGGCUCCCCACCCCGCUGGUAUUGUUCUACGACGUGUGGGAUACUACACUAUUCCCAGCAUGGAGGAACUGGGCAGAAUGGUCAAUGAGGAUGGUCAGUGCUUGGUGGAGAACUUCACAGUGGGCAGGAAAGGCUAUGGCUCGGUCUUCUUCCCUGGUGAGGUAAACCUGACCGGCCUCAACCUGGAUGAAAUCGUGCACUUCCGCAGGAAGGAGGUCAUAGUGUACCCUGAUGACAAGGCCAAGUCUCCCAUAGGGGAAGGUCUUAAUAGGCGAGCUGAGGUGACUCUGGAUGGCGUUUGGCCCAAUGACAAAACCACCUGCACCCAGAUCAAGAGUCCCGAGAGGCUGUUGGACAUGAACUAUGAGGGGCGGCUGGAAAACGUCUCACGGAAGCAGGGUGCACGCUUCCUGGAGUACCGGCCCGAGACCGGUUCCUGGGUGUUUGAAGUUGCCCACUUUUCUAAGUAUGGACUCCAGGACUCCGACGAGGAGGAAGAGGUUCCCCCGGCCAAGGCAGAUGCCAAGAAGCAGAAGACCACAUUGGCCACAUUGCCUCCCGGCUUGCAACAUCCCCCGACCCAACAGCAGAUGGCGCUGAAUGGCAAGCCAGGCCCCCAGGCGCAGAGUGUGUCCACAUUGGAUCUGCCAAACCGCGUGUCGGAGGUGGACAGCGACAUGGCCGACAUCACCCAGGAGCACGAGGAUGAGGGAGAUGAGGAGGAAGGGGAUGAGAUGACCAACCGAGCAAGUGGUCUGGAGGGGGAGCGGAGGUGGGCAGGGGAGUCUGCCAGGCAGGAUGCCAUGAUGCUCUCCGCCUCCAGCCACAUUGCGUCCUCUCUGGGUAUCAACCCCCAUACCCUACAGAUCAUGAAGGCGUCAUUCUUCACGGAGGACGAUGAGGGAGACCCUUUACAGGAUCUGGCCUUCAGUCGGCAAGCCGCAAAGAUGGAGGAGGUCCCAGACCUGCGCUCCCCCCGCAUUCUGCUCUCUGGCAUUCAGGGACGGGCUUCAGCUGGCGGCUUGCUACACUCUCGCUUCUCCACUGGCUCCGGCAUGUUCUCUCAGCCUCCCGACGCCCCAUUCGGAGGUGUUCCUCAGAAGCCUCCCCGGCCCUCUGAGCCGUCCCGCCUCUCCCCUUGGCCCUCACUGGGGCCUGCCUUCCUGCUGCCCCCUCCAGCCCCUGGCCCUGCACCAGAUACACCCCUCCGCACAGUGGGGACCCGGCGCCAGCGCAGCCUGGUUCCGCUGUCCGGCUCGGUGACCCUGGGUAAGGGCAAGCUGCUGAUGGACGCGGCCCUGUUCGCCGGCCGCUCCUUCCGUGUCGGCUGGGGGCCCGGCUGGACACUGGCACACUGUGGUGACCGGCUGGGGGGGCCCAGGGCGCCAACACUGGACUCUCAGGGGGAAUCUGCCGGCUUCAGUUUCCUGCCCAAACCGGUCAAGAGCAAAACGAUCUCGGAGAGCCCUUUCAAAGUACACCUGGAGCAGGUGCUUGGUGCAGAGGCCAGCGGGUCCGAGGAGACCCUGGCACUCUUCCGGCGCCCCCUGGAGAUUGAGCUGAGACACUGCACCAUCAGCACAGAGGAGCCGUGCCCUUUCAUCCUACCGAGGGACGGUGUGGAGGCCUUGCACGAGUACGCAGAGUGGAUGCUGCAGGUCACCACCGAGUCGGAGGCUGUGGACGACGUCGUGAAGCAUUGGAUGUUGGUGUGGACCCUGUGCACCGCCCUGUGGGGUCGCCUGAAUGGGGCGACUCUGGACGCCGACGGCGACCUGUGCGGAGGGUACGGCCAGCAGCUGGACCGGCGGCGCAGCUUCUCCGCCUGGCUGUCCCAGAGUGCUUCCGGCAGGGUGGAGGAGGAGGUGAUGCGUUCCCAGGGGCGGAGCCACGUGGAGGCAGUUUUCAGCUACCUGACAGGACACUGCGUCAGCGAGGCGUGUCGCCUGGCUCAGAAGUCAGGGGACCACCGGCUCUCACUACUGCUGUCGCAGGCGGCCGGCUUGCAGUGCACCCGUGACCUGCUGGCCAUGCAGCUGGUCGAUUGGCAGCGCAUGCAGACGGAUUCCUUCCUGCAGGAGGACAGGCUGCGCGUCUUCUCUCUGCUCGCGGGGAAACCAGUGUGGGAGUCCACAGACAGCACCAUCAAUGUCUGUUCCGAGCUGGACUGGAAGCGCUGUGUCGCUGUGCACCUGUGGUACAUGCUGCCUCCGAUUGCCUCGGUGGCUGACGCCCUCUGCAUGUACGAGGCUGCCUUCCAGGGCUCCGAUGAUUGCCAGAAGUACGCCUGCCCUCCGUUGCCGCCCUACCUUGACAACUGUGAGUGUGAGGUGCUAGAGGAGCAGGAGCUGCAGGAGGUUGGCGAGCCCAGGAGACAGCUCUAUGACAUCUGCUUCCACCUGCUGAAGCUCUACAGUGACAGGCACUACAGCCUACAGCAGCUGCUGGACCCCUGUACCGUCACCGCAGACCGGCUGGACUACCGCCUCAGCUGGCACCUGUGGAACGUCCUUCAAGCACUCAACUACACCCACCUGUCCCCGCAGAGGCAGGGUGUGCUGCACACUAGCUAUGCCGCCCAGCUGGAGAGCGCGGGAUUGUGGGAAAUGGCGAUCUUUGUGCUGCUACACAUCCCUGACUCUAUCCUCCGAGAGCGAGCGGUAAAGGAGAUGCUGAACCUGCACUGCCCUCUAGUGGAGACGGACGACUCUGCAGAGAGGGAGCGCUUUCUGACAGAGAAGCUGCUGGUGCCGGUGGAGUGGCUGCAUGAAGCGAAAGCGACGCGUGCCCGUCACGAGGGGGACAAGCAUCGGGAGGCCAUGCAUUUGUACCGGGCUGGUCACUGGAGCCAGUGUCACCGGCUUGUCAUCCAACACCUAGCCUCAGAUUGCAUCAUCAACGAGAACCACGACUACCUGUUGGAGUUCCUGAAGGGCCUGGAGCUGGCGGAGCGCAGUGCGCAGAUCCACGACUGGGACACGGCCGGCAGGGUCUUCUUGGACUACAUCAACGUCAUCCAGACACUGCAAGCUAUCCAGAUGGAAGGCCCCACAUAUGAGAUGGAGCAGCUGCACACGGAGGUGACGUCCCUCUGCGGCCGCAUCGAGCUCAUCCCCUGUGCCACGGCCAAGGACCGGCUGGCUCAGUCAGAAAUGGCAAAGCGCGUCGCUAAUAUCCUGCGGGUGGUCCUGAGCCUCCAGCAAGGAGGGGAGACUGGGUCGGAUCCCCCUCACAUCCCCUUGCACCACCUCGCACCGCACAUCGGUCUGCUGCCCAUGCCCGAGGAUUACGCCCUGGAGGAGCUGAGAGGCCUUACCCAGUCAUACCUCCGUGAGCUCAUUGUUGGCCAAUAAAGCGAUGGUAUCCAUAGAGCGCCGGACUCUGUUUGCCUCUGGUGCCUGUCGGCUACACUAAACUCACCGAGUGACUGUCAGGGGCCAUGGAUCCUAUUGGCUUUGGUCUGAUUGGACCAAUCUUUGAGCUAACAGGAAGUAGGAGUGGAGCCUGCCUGUUUAGAAAUGACUUGACUUGAAGCUUCACUAUAUUAAUUUCUUUUGUUAUGUAUCUUUUUGUACUUUUAGAGAAGGGGAUAGAUGUGUUUAAUAAUUAAACUACAUUUUUCACAAUCUGUGCAAGACCUCUACCUGUUUGUGUUUGCCCUGUUUAAAGGGACAGCCUCCAAUUCCACCUGCCCAUGCGUCAGUGUUCGCUGGAGUGUCUGACGGCGACGUAGCGCUGUGUUGCUAUCUCAUACCGCUCACUCUGGCUACAUACCUCUGCGCCACAGCCUUUUGAUGUAAUAUUCUGUUUGACAGAUUUUCUCUAGUCUCCUUAUUUAAAUGGUGCAGCAUCCUGCAUUUUGCCAUUGCUAAGUGUGAUGAAUUGAUAUCCUGAAUGUGUGUUUCUGGUGUGUGAUAGGAAAUGCUACAAUGAGUGUGACAUACAAAAAGUCCAGGAUCUAUAAAAAUGUACAAGCAGUAGAGUUUAUUUUUCUAGCUAUAUAUUCUCUGCUUAGGGGUUGUAUAGAUGGCUUUCAGUCUGAAACUUUCAGCUGAAACUGCUUUCAGUUAGGGUAGGAGAUAUGGGGGGGGGGACUUUGAAAUGACUUUAGUCAUCUUUGGACCUUUUGUAUUUGAGUAAAAUUUACAAUUGAUUGUUACAAAAAUGCUUUUACAAGAGUCACAGCUUUAAAGUCUAGCAUUUUCUACUUGCCUCCUGUAUGUGCUUGGCAAUGCCUGCCCCCCCCCCCCCCCCCCCGCUAUAUAAUCUGUGGUGGUCUUCACCAGCUGCUUUCCCCCAGAAUCGAAACAGAAGGACACCUUCAUCCAUUUUGUGGCUGCUGUUUCCCUGGCGUGUGAAUCCUUGUCAGCCUGCGGUGGCCCCUGCUUCACAGCUGGACCUGUUGACGUGUGUGUGUGUGUGUGUGUGUGUGUGUGUGUGUGUGUAGGUGCUUCCUAAUGUAAAUGCUGUGUUUUACGGCUCAUGCUAUGGCUGAGGGACAGCUGUCCUCUAGCGACUGUGCCUUCUGGUAAGAGAAUCUGCUCUGACUGUCUGCAUGGUUGUGUUUAAUGGCGUUUUUAUGAAAUGAUUUAAUAAAAUGGAUGAAUCUAUCGUC